AUGGGCAAACCGUCGGCACCCUUCUUCCUGUCGCUGCCGCCGCCGCCUCGCCUCCGUCCCGUCCGCGCGCGCCGCAUCCCACCGCUCCUCGCCCUCGCCGCCGUCGCCGCCAUGGCCCUCCUGUACAUGCUGCUCUUCGCCGUCGCGCCGUGCCUCGUCCGCGGCGGCUGCUACCGCGGCUACCGCUCGGCGUGGAGCUUCGACGCGCACGCCGCGCACCACCCGGCCUGGAUGGCCGCCGUCCCCGACGAGACCAACCUCACGAGCCUCAGCAUCCCCGGCACGCACGACACCAUGACGUACGGCCUGCUGCGGCCCGACCCGGUGCUCAACUGCCAGAACUGGAACCUCAGCGUCCAGCUCGACGCGGGGCUGCGCUACGUCGACAUCCGCGCCCGCCUGCGCGACGACGAGCUGCACAUCUACCACGGCGACGGCUACACGGGCUUCAGCUUCGCCGACGUGCUGCGCGACGUGCUGGCCUUUCUCGUCGCGAACCCCUCCGAGGCGCUGGUCAUGCGCCUCAAGGAGGAGGGCCGCCCGCUCGGCACCAACAACACCAAGACGUUUGAGGAGACGUUUGUCGGCUACCGCGAGCGCACCCCUGGCGCCGCCGACCACCUGUACCUGUACAACCGCAGCGUGCCCAUCCCCACGCUCGGCGCCCUGCGCUCGCGCGUCUUCCUGCUGCAGGACUUUGCGUCGCGGGCCGACGCGCCGCCCUACGGGCUCGCCUGGGAGGGCCCGCAGAUGGCGCUCGAGGACGCCUGGAUCGUGCCCGACGUGUACCACCUCGCCGAGAAGUGGACGGCCAUCCGCACGGCGCUCGAGCGGGCCGCCACCGACGCCCUCGACAACGCAAAGCUGUACCUCGCGCACGUGUCCGCGUCGGUGGGCGUCCUGCCCGUCGAGGCCGCCGCGGGCCCCCUCAACCGCACCGUCACGGGCAUGAACGACAUGACAGGCCAGUGGGUGCGCGACUUUGAGCGCGUCCCCGAGGCGCGCCGCACGGGUGUCGUCAUCUUUGACUUUCCGGGCAGGCAGGCCAUCGAGGCGGUCCUCGCAUGGAACAAGAAGCUGGGGGUCAAGGUUUAG